AUGCGUACAAUCUGCGGGUAUACCGGAUUGGAAGUUUAUAGGUGGUUAAGGGGAGUAAUCGAGAAUGCCAACGGAGGUAUGGGUGAAUUAGGGAUGGAGGGACGCUUUUGGCACUUUGCUCUACGAAUGUACAAGAGCGGUAUCAUGGCGGCAGAGGAACUCUCGAACGAGGGGGAUGCUUUUAGCAAGAUUCACUCUUCUGCGAAGCAUUCGGCAGACAUCACGGCAGCGGAAUAA